GAUGUGGGAGAAAGAGCAUUCCAAGCAAAAAGACACAUAAUGUUACAAAGCAGAAAAAUUAACUUUGGAAAAUUAGCCAACAUCAAAGUAACCAAAAAAGACUCCUUUAACAAUGUAAAUAAUUGGAAACUUAAAAAGAAAAGAUUUUGCUCACAAUGUGGAAAACCAUACUCAAAACAUCACCCAGGAUGUACUCGAAAUAAUGGAACACAUAUGAAUGGGAAAAGAGUAGAAAGAAGAACAGUACCAAUGGAAAUAAAAAGAUUUAAGAAAGGAAACUUCUCAAAGAAACCUUACAAUAAAGGAAAAGGAAAACUAUAUAAAGGGAAAUUCACCAAAAAGAAAUUCUGA